AUGAACAAGCGGACCGCCGUCAAUGAUGCUCGUGAUAUGCCAAGGGUGGACGAGCUCGUUCCGCGUACGAAGCCAGACUGGGGCAAGCCAGAAAACGCAGACAAGAUGAAGGCGACGUGGAUGGGUCACGCAUCUUAUCUGGUCGAGAUGCCACGGGACGGACCCGCCCCGACAUCGGAGAAGUCAACAAAGGACGAGGGAAGGGGAGUGACGAUCCUGUUUGAUCCUGCGUGGAGCAAGCGGUGUAGUCCUGUCCAAUUUGCCGGGUCUAUAAGGUAUCAAGAUGCGCCAGCUACGGUCGACGAGAUCCCCGAAAUCGAUAUUUUGUGUCUUUCGCACAAUCACUACGACCACCAAGAUACCAACACCCUUACUGCGAUCUACAAGCGGUUCUCACAUCGUCCACCUGUCCUUUGUGUGGGGCUGAACGGUACGGACAGCCUGCCGAGCAUCAUCCCAAGGAACAGGGUCGUCGAGAUGGACUGGUGGGAAGAGCGGGAGAUCACGGUGGAGGGUAAGGGCAAGGUCAAGGUCACGUGCACUCCGGCUCAGCACAUGUCGAAGAGAGGUGCAUUCGACACGGCCAAAGCAUUAUGGACAAGCUACGCCAUCAAAUCGCUCUGGUUCGGCGGAGAUACAGGCUAUCGUCACACUGAGUCCGAAUCGCACGACCCCUCAGCUAACGCCGACCUGCCCCACUGCCCCGCAUUCAAGCAGAUCGGCGAGCGUCUCGGCCCAUUCUCGCUCGGCCUGAUACCUAUUGGCGCAUACGAGCCCCGCUGGUUCCUCAGCAGCGUGCACUGUAGUCCGAUCGAAUCAGUCAGGAUAUUCCAGGAAGUCAAAGCAAAGACUGCGCUUGGCAUCCACUGGGGGACAUGGCAUAUGGCCUGGGAGGCAGUCGAUGAGCCGCCCAAGCUGCUCAAGGCCGCGAGGGAGGCGCUUGGGGUGACGGAGGCGCAGUUUGGGGUGCCGGUUCUGGGCGAGACGAGGGCUUUUGAGGCUUGA